CGGCAUUUGCUGUCUCUAUGGCUCAGAAAGUUGCAGAAAUGAUAUACGACGAAUUCAGAAGGAGAAGGAGGGAGAAAACCAACAAGGUCCUGGAAUCUGUGAUAAUCGAGGCCUUCCAGGACCUCAACAAUAAAAUAAAAGCUCUGCAUGAAGAUUUCAAAAAAUUAGAGGAGUCCACAAAGCAUGAGGUUCAAAUACUCAGAGCAGAGCUGGAGAAGAACCCAGAAAACAAAGAGGAGGAAAUUGCAAGGGAGCUGGUAUCAAUGUUAAACAAGAAGCUCCGGCAGCUCUCCCAAAGAAUUCAAACUCUGGAAGAAAAGAUAAAGGAAUGGCCAGAGACCACAAAGAAUGAACUUCAGCUUUGCAGAGUUUACGUGGAAAAGAACCAAGGAAAGAAGGAGGAGGAAAGUUCAAGGGCCCUGCAAUGCAGAAUGGAGACACUACUCCAGCAGCUUUCCCAAAGAUUUCAAACUCUGGAACAAGCAUUACAGUUGAGACAGGCGUUCCCAUAUCAUGAGUUCCAACUUUUCAGAGCAUACCUGGAGAACAACCAAGGGAUAGCCAUGCAGCAAGAAGAGAUAAUUCACUUACGAGUCCUGGAAUUGGCAAGAGGGGAGAGGACUAAUAUAUGGACUGACUCCAGAUGUGCAUUUGGUAUAGGCCCUGCUCAGGGUGCUGUCUGGAACAGAUUGCGUGAAGCUCGAGGCUUUUUCAGGUCAGUGUCUGGAGGAGAAGUGGAAUGGAUCACACCAGGUGCUUCUGACAACCUUCAUGCCAAUCAAGAUCAAAGAACAGCCUGCCUGAACCCACUAUUCAGGAGUAUAGAAGGCAGCCAAAGGAGCAUGGACAUCAGAGCCAGUAGGACCAAGGAUCUUCAAGUUCUGAUGGUGACCUUUGGGGUUCUGAUCAGUAUCAUAAUUCUGGCUCGAAUCUUUAUCUUAGUCCCCUACUCACAUCAGCUGUCACCGUGAUAUUUUCUGAAAAAUCCCUUCACCAGGAUUUCUUCUCCUGGGAAGCUGAGAGGCCUCGGAGAGGAAUGAAAAUGAUAAUUAUCUGAUUGCUUCUUCCUGUUUUGCUGCUUUGGAAUGUGGUCUGGAGAUUGUUUGUCCAACAGGUGGUUGGUUGAUUGGUCUCAUGUGAAUUGUUUUUACUUAAUGAUCAAUCACGGUCCAGUUGUGUCUGACUCUGAGGAGUAAGUCACGAGUUUUCAUUAUCAUUCUUGUUAAGCCUUCUGUUUCUAUCCUUUCUCUAUAGUUUAGUAUAGUUUUAGUAUAGCAUUCUUUAAUAUAAUAUCAUAUCACAAUAUAAUAAAUUAGCCUUCUAAGAAGAUGGAGUCAGAUUCAAUCAUUCCUCCUUCGUCCUGGGGACCCCGAAACUACCACAAUCAGCUAUUCCGGUAUUGCUGGGGAAAAUCUCUCAAAUUUUAAUUUGGCCACUGUGGUUAUGACAGAAAUGAAACACACUCAAAACAUCAUGGGAAGAAGAAAAAUGGGACUAGUAUUUUAAUCAAAUAAUUGGGAAAGAAAUACAGAUAGGGUGUGGAGGAAUCAAUAUGUCCACGCAUGGAAAAGUGACUCGUGUAACUCAAAUCACUGUAAGGGAUUUUAUGGAAUAUA